UGUUCAGUAGUAUAUUUUUCCAAUCGUUUUCAAUGGCUCGGGUAGGCGUGUUUUCACUUGUAUUAUUCAUCACGUCGGGGUUAUCUAUAACAUUUGGAGAACAAAAGGAGAUCAUGAUAGACGAAGAGAUCCCUUUAUUGAAAGCCGACAAACAUGUUCAAUAUGUUAGUGACAAUGUGCCAAUUGAAGAAUCGUCACCUUGUCACAUGGAAUAUCAGGUAAUGAAGAAAGUUGUUGGUACUUGUGUUAGAUUAGGAAGAACAGCUCGGGGAUGCGUCGCUGGCAAUUAUUUACAUCCAUUUCAUCCCGAAUGUAUAUAAAUUUAUUAAAUUAUAUAAAAUACAGUAACAGCUAGAUUAUACUUUGUUUGCCCCGCUUUUUUUCAUUUGCUACCAAUAAAAAUAAUAACAAUAUGUUAAA